AAUCAGAACCAUACACACACAAGUACACCACACACCCAACACUCUCUCUCUCUCUCUCUCUCUCUCUAAAAGCAAUAGCUAUUGGCUAAACUUAGGGCUGAGCUUGAGCUUCUCACUGCCAACAAACCCAAACUCCAGAAAUAGAAAAAAGACCAACCAAAUCAAUCAAUCAAUCAAUCAAAUGGAAGUUGGAGGAGGAGGAGGAGGAGCUCAAUCAGCAGACACGGUGAUGUCAGAGGCGGGCCCCACCCAGCAGCCACCGGCACCUCAUCAUCAGAUGGGGGCGGAGGCCAUUCCGGCGACGCUGAGCCACGGCGGCAGAUUCAUCCAGUACAACAUCUUCGGCAACAUCUUUGAGGUCACCGCCAAGUACAAGCCCCCCAUCAUGCCCAUCGGCAAAGGCGCAUACGGCAUCGUUUGCUCGGCUUUGAAUUCGGAUACGAGCGAGCACGUGGCCAUAAAGAAGAUUGCGAAUGCUUUCGACAACAAGAUCGAUGCCAAGAGGACUCUGAGGGAGAUCAAGCUGCUUCGCCAUAUGGAUCAUGAAAACGUUGUUGCGAUUCGGGACAUAAUCCCGCCGCCGCAGAGGACUGUGUUUAACGAUGUUUACAUUGCCUAUGAGCUAAUGGACACUGACCUCCAUCAGAUCAUUCGAUCCAAUCAAGCUCUCUCUGAGGAGCAUUGUCAGUAUUUUUUAUACCAGAUCCUCCGUGGAUUGAAAUACAUUCAUUCCGCAAAUGUUCUGCACAGGGACUUAAAGCCUAGCAAUCUUCUCCUAAAUGCUAACUGUGACUUAAAAAUAUGUGAUUUUGGACUAGCUCGAGUCACCUCAGAGACUGAUUUUAUGACGGAGUAUGUCGUUACACGAUGGUACCGUGCACCAGAACUAUUGUUAAACUCUUCCGAUUACACUGCAGCUAUUGAUGUAUGGUCAGUAGGUUGUAUUUUCAUGGAAUUGAUGGAUCGAAAGCCAUUGUUUCCUGGCAGAGAUCACGUGCAUCAGCUACGUCUGCUUAUGGAGCUGAUUGGCACCCCAUCAGAGGCUGAACUGGGAUUUUUAAAUGAAAAUGCUAAGAGAUACAUUCGGCAACUUCCUCUCUACCGCCGGCAGUCAUUUACUGAGAAGUUUCCUCAAGUACAUCCUUCAGCUAUUGAUCUUGUUGAAAAGAUGUUGACAUUUGAUCCUACAAAGAGAAUUACUGUUGAAGACGCACUAGCUCAUCCCUACUUAACAUCUCUCCACGACAUCAGUGAUGAACCUGUUUGCAUGACUCCCUUCAGCUUUGACUUUGAGCAGCAUGCACUGUCUGAGGAACAAAUGAAAGAGUUAAUCUAUCGAGAAGCUCUUGCGUUUAACCCUGAGUACCAGCAGCAUUGAGGAAUGAAAAUUUCUUUUCAUUUUGGUUUUCAUUAGUGUGUUGUUUACGUUCCAUGUCUUUGGUGAUCGGAUUGAUUUCUUCCUGUAAAUAUGUUCCAUCCAAAAGUGGAAGGUAUUAGAUUGGCGGUAUUUGAUUUAACUGGAAAUCCGGAACGGUGAUAAUGGAUGUUUGUAUCAAGCUUUCUGUUUAUUUAGUUAUUGAAUUAAGCACUGCUGGGAUUAAUAUUUC